UUUUCUCGCACGUGUACCGUGAUGUGUGUUUCAGUUCAGUCUACACUAGGUGGUAGUAAACAAGAAUAUCCGCUCUUGUAAAAGUAACAGAAGAAGGAGGAGGAGAAGGAGGAGAAGAAGCACCAUCAGGUGCUUGAGAGUCCUCACUUUACCGCAGGGUUACGGAACUGUGUGGUGAUAUUUAACGCUGGAGGAGAGUAGCAUUUAAAAGUCGGGGAUUGUUCAGGUGCUCGUCUUAGUGAUUUUAUAAUAAAGUGCCGAAACCUUGGGGGAAAAAAGAUGUCUGAUGCCAAAAAAACAGCAACAAGUUCUCAGGAUGGAGACGGUAAAGCCGGCAGGGUCAUCCGCAUCGGGACGAGGAAAAGCCAGCUCGCUCGGAUUCAGACAGACAGCGUGGCAGAGAAGCUUACAGACGUGUAUCCUGACGUUCACUUUGAAAUCGUGGCCAUGUCGACGAUAGGAGACAAAAUACUCGACACGGCCCUAUCGAAGAUAGGUGAAAAGAGUCUCUUCACAAAGGAGUUAGAGAACGCUUUGGAAAAGAAAGAGGUUGACCUGGUCGUCCACUCUUUGAAAGACUUGCCCACGAGUCUUCCUGUGGGGUUUACUAUAGGAGCCGUCCUCAAGCGAGAAAACCCCUCUGAUGCUGUAGUUCUGCAUCCCAAAAAUGCCGGAAAAUGUCUUGAAUCACUACCAAACAAAAGUAUCAUAGGCACCAGUUCCCUUCGCCGGGCAGCGCAGCUGAAGAAGCGGUUUCCUCACCUGGAGUUUAAGGAUAUUAGAGGUAAUCUCAACACUCGCCUGAAGAAGCUGGACGAGAACAAUGACUUUGCUGCUAUUAUUCUGGCUGCAGCUGGACUGAAGAGGAUGGGCUGGGAAAGAAGAAUCAGCCAGAUCCUCGGUCCUGAUGAUUGCAUGUAUGCAGUUGGACAGGGAGCUCUGGCUGUGGAGGUGAGGGCUUGUGAUGUGGACAUCUUGGAGAUGGUGUCAGUGCUGCAUGAUCGGGACACGGUCCUGCGCUGUAUCGCUGAGAGAGCUUUCCUCAAGCGCCUGGAAGGAGGAUGCAGUGUUCCUGUUGCUGUUCACACAGAAAUUAAAGAUUCUCAGUUGUAUCUGACGGGAGCGGUGUACAGUUUAGAUGGCUCGGACAGCCUGAAGGACACCAUGCAGACCAGCAUCGAGUCUGAGGAUCAGGAGCAGGAGAAGGUUGAUGAGAGAGUGCAGCGUGUGGGAGUCACGGCACUGAAGGUCUCAGGAGCGGCUCAGGACGCAGCCGAGAAGCUCGGUGUCGACCUCGCCAAUCUGCUGCUGAGCAAAGGAGCCAAAGAGAUUCUGACUGUGGCCAGACAGCUUAAUGACGCCCGCUAGAUCGGUCUAUUCCAUCAUCCAAGCGUGAAUGCCGUGUCAAACACAAACAUUCUUUAUUAUAUCUAUACACUGGCAUGCUGUUAGAGGAAAAUAAUCAACAACAUUGGUUGUGUGAAGCAGAGUUACCGCUAGCUCGCUGAAGUUCUAAUUAUCGACAUCGUUUUUUAUUCCUAUUAUACAACAGCAAUUUGACAACACUGAGAAAUGUUAUAUUUAUAUUUUAUAUAUAUAUAUAUAUAUAUAUGUGUAUAUAUAUGUAUAUAUAUAUAAAAUAACGCUGCAUACUUUUCAUCCAUUUAUAGUUAUAUUGAUUAUUAAGGAACGCCACACUUACGGUAAAGCUGUUAAAUACAGAUGUUUCCUCACCCAUCCUUUCAGCGUUCCUCUCUCUUGAAACAGCAAAAAAAGCCAUUUCUGAAGUUGCCAAGAGACCACAAUGUCCUGUGUCGUAAUUCUUCAGUUUACAGCUUUACACUUUUACAGACUGUUAUGAAGAGCUCUGACACUGGAGACUCCUUCCGUGAAUUUAAACUGAACAUCUUGACAUCUUUUAGAUUAGUUUAUGUGGAGCGUCUGCCAUACAAGGGAUUUUUUUUAGCCUAUUAGAAUGAGGGCAUUCAUAUAAAUUAUGUGAUUUAGAUGACUGGACUACUGUCAGAGCUGCUAUAAUCCAAAACUUAAUCACCACCAUAAUCUACCUACUUGACGUUUUAUAUAUCUGAAAAAUGUUAAAAAACAUAACCACAUAUUCGUUCAAUGAGAAGACUUUCAAGUAAAGCUGCUUUGUUUAAGUGAUAAUCAAUUACGAGCUGAACAUCAUGUCUCUGCGUACCUGAUGAUAACUUCAUGUAGAUUGAACAUUGGCUUAUUUUUUACAUAAUGCUAUUAGAAGUUGAAAUCUGGGUUCUAAAACAUUUCCUGCUAUGGUGUGUAAAGUCUUUCCUAGAAGCAGCUGUGUAAAUGAAACUGAAAUCACUAGGGAACUUUUUUUUUCUCCCUUAGUAUUUUUGCUUUCACAUAUGAAACUCUGGGGAGAUGUUAGUUCCUUUUUAUGAAUGUAUUAUUACCGCUUAAUGCUCAUGUGAUCAUACCUUCUCAUAUUCUCAACCAAAUAUUACAAUACUAUAAUAUUUUAAUGAUCUAUGUGAUCGCUUGCUAUUGUUUCAUUAUUGUAUGAUUUUUAAUUGUUUUAUUUGGCAAUGUUGUUUUGGCUUAUUGUGUUUAUUGCUCCAUUUAUCUUCCAGAGCAGUAUUUCUUACCCCACAAUAAAAGCAUUCUGGUGUUUAAUAAAAGUCUGAUAAGGAACAACAUUAUAUAGUUAUAUAGAAUAACAUGAUAUUUGAGUGUGCUUAGUGGUUAGUACUGUUGCCUCACAGCAAGAAGGUCCUGGCUUCGAAUCCUGGGAUCGAACAGACAGGGGCCUUUCUGUGUGGAGUUUGCAUGUUCUAACCAUGCUCCAGGUACUCCAGUACUCCAAAAACAUGUACAUUAGGUUGAUUGGUAAUUCUAAAUUGCCCAUAGGAGUGAGUAUGUGUGUGUGUGUGUGUGGUUGUCUGUCUAUAUGUGUGGCCCUGUGAUGGACUGGUGACCUGUCCAGGGUGUACCCCUGCCUUUCACCCAAUGUGUGCUGGGAUAGGCUCCAGCAGAUCCCCGUGACCCUAAUUAGGAAUAAAGCGGGUAUAGAAAAUGGAUGGAUGGAUAUUUGAGUUUCACAUUAAUACCUUGUUUCUGACAAUAUGAUUGUAAUGUAUAAUCUUAUGAUUACUAUUAUGAUUAGUUUGAGAACUAUCUUUGUACAGAACACACACACUAAAACACUAUGUCUUUCGUAUACAAGUCUGAAAAUGUACACACUAUAUUAAAGAAUCCUACAGUU